AUGAAUCCGACAAUAGGGGGCUCGCCCAAGCCCAGUGCUGAUAGUCCGAGACAUCAUCAGUACCGGCGUCAUUCGCUGCGAAAGGCGCCUUUGGAACGACUCCCGAUCGAGUUGAUCCAAAAAAUAUUUUUUGAAUGUUUAGAAAUUAAUCUCCCUCGCGCGUCUCUCCCCAUCGCCCACGCUUUGUCCAACGACGUCAUCCAUACCUGGCUCAUCCGCCUAGCAUUCAGCAGCAACAAUGAGUCUGCCCGAACUGGCUUCUUCACAAAACCUUACCUUCCACUCGACUACUUCUCUCUCUCUAAUUCGCAACGCGCUUCUCUUCAAACCGAAAUUCUCAAAUGCCGGUGGUGCACCUUAUCUCUCAUGCGCAAAUGUCAGCGGGAGCACGUAGAACAUGUUAUCCGCCAAAAGUGCAAAGACCUUAUAAUAUCCUGCGCCGAUCGCCUGAAAUUGGAAAAUCUCAAGCCCUACUGGCAGUCCAUGGACCGCUUCGACCCCAGGCCCCCUGGGAGCCGGGGUAGUGGUGAUCUCACUGUCGAGGGCCGACUACCGCUAGCACCACCCAAACACAAACUGAUACAGCCGGAGAACAACCACUCAACAUCAUCUAUAUUCACGUCUCUAACGCCAACACCCACACCUAUCACUAACGCCAGCGUGAGCAUUAGCGCGGGUGCUACAAUACCCCGCACCACGCACGGAGAAUCGCGUAAAGUAGCCAUCUGGUUCAACUUCGGUUCCGUCCAGAUCCGCGAACGCAGUCCCAUCUUCCAAGAGACAGAUGUCUUCCGUCUCCCCUCAUGCAGUAUCCGUGAACCCUGCCGGAUGCCUGAUCACCUCCUGCGCCCACCCUGGACGCCCGAGAAACUGGAAUUCCUCACCCUGCUAUCUACAGAAGCAUACAUCGACGAAGACGAACGACGCGAGCGUUCCAAGGCUGUGUUACGAUGGGUGAUUGAUGCGCGUGACCUAGAGACCUUCAAGCACAUGCUAGGCAUGCACAUCCGUGCUAAGAAUUAUGGAUAUGCGUUUCCGUGGCCGGCUCGCCGGACGCAUUAUCACGCAGCUGCUAGAAAUGCGGGCUCGUCGGACGAUGAUCCAUUCUUGAGGAUUUUGUUCACAGAUCGCAAGGGGGAGGUUCCGGCUGACCACAAUAUCAAAGCCCUCAUGGCGAGGUAUGAACAUAGGGAGAGGAAAAGGGAAAUCUUUGGAAGCUAA